GCAGACAGAAAUCAUGUGUUGCUCUUCCUCUUGGCCACCUGUCACUGUCUUCCUUUCUACAAUGGAUUCUACUACGAUCACAUCCUGAAUAACAGUUCUGGCAAUGGAAAUGGGGACGGGGUUCACUUCAAUGGUGUGAAGCUUGUGGUCAGUACCCCAGAAGAGGCCCUCUUUGGCUAUCGCGGAGGUAACAUCACUCUUCCAUGCUCCUUUCACUAUGAACCAAAAUUACACCCCCCAAGAAAAUUUCGUGUAAAGUGGUCCAAGCUGCACAAAGACAACACCAAGGAGAGAGAUGUUCUGGUGGCAAUUGGACUGAGGCACCGGAGCUUUGGAGAAUACAAAGGUCGGGUCCACCUGCUCCACAGCGCCCCCCAAGGAGUUUCUCUUGUCAUUACUGAUCUGCGUCUGGAGGAUUAUGGGAAGUACAAGUGCGAGAUUAUUGACGGGCUGGAAGACGAGAGCGGCAUUGUAGAACUGGAAUUAAGAGGUGUUGUAUUUCCUUAUCAGCCUCACCAUGGACGCUACCAGCUGAAUUUCCACGAAGCUAAAAAAAGCCUGUGAGGGUCAAGAUGCUAUGAUGGCUUCAUUUGAACAACUUUUUAGAUCCUGGGAGGAGGGUCUGGACUGGUGCAAUGCUGGAUGGUUAAUGGAUGGUACUGUUCAAUACCCCAUCACCUUACCCAGAGAACCCUGUGGUGGAAAGGACACUGCUCCGGGGGUGAGGAACUAUGGAGAACGUCACAAACACUUGCACAGAUUUGAUGUCUUCUGCUUUUCUUCUGCUUUGAAAGGUAGGGUUUACUACCUAGAGCAUCCUGACAAGCUCACGUUUGCUGAAGCCAAACAAGCGUGUGAGCAAGAUGACGCUAAGAUCGCAAAAGUUGGCCAGCUCUUUGCCGCAUGGAAAUUCCUGGACUUUGAUCGCUGUGAUGCUGCAUGGCUGGAUGAUGGCAGUGUUCGAUAUCCCAUUGCCUUCCCCCGACUUAACUGUGGACCUCCAGAACCUGGUGUUCGAAGCUUUGGAUUCCCAGAAAAACACAAGAAAUUUGGAGUAUUUUGCUAUAAAAUGAGCUAA